CAUAUUAAACUGGUGUGACAACUCACUCACUCUCAGGCAGAGAAAGGUGUAAACUACAUCCAAGGCAUGCUCAUCUGUUACAGUUGCAUUUUACAAUGGGGGAUUUGAAGGACAGUAUAGACGACCGAGUUCUAUCGGCCGUUCCCCGUAGAGAGGAGGACGUUAAAGUUGUAUUUCACAAAGUUGGCGAUAACGACGACGAUGAAGACACUACUGAGAGGAUUAAUUUACAAAGUAACAGUCAUGAUGAGCUGGGUAAUGAGGAGGCAAGGACUAGAACAGUGGAAAGCAGUGCGAAGCAAAGAUUAUGUCCUCCCUCGUGUUGUAGAAUUGGCGGCGGCGGGGAUCCCAUCUCAACGGACGCAGGAGACACAGUUGCCAAAGAGAAGAAGCGUUGUCCAGGACUGGGCCUGUUUUAUGGCCUGCUGGCAACAGUAUUCUUCUCCGUUAUAGCUCUUCUGGUGAAGACAAUAGAUGGAGUCCAUGCUGUAGAAAUCAGUGCCAUUCGCUGCUUCUUCCAGAUGCUGUUUGUGAUGCCUAUGCUGAUCUAUUACAAGACUGGCUUCCUUGGACCAAGAGACAAGCGGAUCUAUUUGGUGAUGAGAGGGUUCUUGGGUUCCAACGCCAUGAUCCUAUUGUUUUAUGCAGUGCAGCAGAUGCCCCUGGCUGAUGCAACAGUCAUCAUGUUCAGCAACCCAGUGUUCACCGCCUUGUUAGCCUGGAUCUUCCUCAAAGAGAAAUGCACUAUCUGGGACUGUAUCUUCACUGUCUUCACCCUGGCCGGUGUCAUAAUGAUAGCCAGGCCUCCCUUCAUAUUUGGUGCUCGUAUAGAGGGAAUAGAGGGAGACUACACCAAUCAUCUCAAGGGGACUAUUGCAGCCUUCGGUGGAGCGAUAGGAGCAGCCUGCACUUUCGUUAUACUCAGGAAAAUGGGCAAAAGUGUCCACUACUAUAUGUCUGUGUGGUACUAUGCAGUCAUUGGUUUAAUUGAGUGUGUCAUCACUUUGUUUAUACUUGGUGAAUGGACCAUUCCAUUCUGUGGGAGAGACAGGUGGAUCCUUAUGCUGAUAGCAAUCCUGGGUAUUGCUGGCCAAACUUUCCUCACCAAAGCUCUUCAGAUCGAGAAGGCCGGCCCUGUGGCCUUGACGAGGACCAUUGAUGUGGUCCUGGCUUUUAUUUUCCAGUUCUUUUUUUUCAACCGUAAGCCCACCAUGUGGAGUCUCGGUGGGGCAUGUUGUGUGGUCGUCAGUACCUGUGGUGUGGCUCUAAGGAAGUGGUACAGCAACACACACCCAAGAAAGAGCCGUGAACCACGCAUCAGACAAAUAUUUUUUUCCAGGAAUAAAUGAAAGGUUAUCAAUUAAUAUAACGUUAAUGUUCAGCAGACAAGAGUGUUAUGUAAACCAAAGAAGCAAUAUUACAUCCAAAUGUUACUGUGAGGUUUUCAACACAAAACUUUUUUUUUAUAUCUACACACUUAGAAAAGAGGGUUCUUUGGUAAGGGUGAUUGUUCUAUGUGGAACCAUAAGGACUCAAAGAACCCUUUGAGCUCUUCAAUGGUUAUUUGCUGUUCAGAAAAGGGUGCUUUAAUCUUUUAGUGCUAAUUAAAAUGUAGGGGAGGCGGCUCAUUCAAAUAUUUUGGCCGUGGUUUGCUCACAGCUCUUUUUGUGCAACUGUGAGUGAAUGUCAUUCCAGUUGAUAUCAUCUGUUGUGUUAUGUCAUUUCAUGUUAAAUAUGACUAUGGCCAGUAAUAGUGUCUUGUGAGAGACUCAUGUAAGGCCUCGUGUCAAUUGAGAACGGUUGACUAAAUCUCAAUUCUCUCCUCAGGGACCCUUAGCCAUUCCAGAGCUAGCAACCUGAUUCAACUUGUUAAUAAACACAAUAAUAACACCCAUGUAAUUUUAAAGAUAAUAUAAUAUGGCUAACCCCAAUUUAAAGGGUUCUUUAUAGCACCAUAAAGGUUCCAUUUAGAACCUUAUGAGCAUGGUUCUUUAUAGAACCUUCAAAAAGGGUUCCGCUAUUGUUACAAGCCAAAUGACCCUUAUUUGGCAGUGGCACUAUAUACAGUGCCUUUAGAAAGUAUUCAUACCCUUUGACUUAUUCCACAUUUUGUUGUGUUACAGCCUGAAU